CAGCACAGUUUGCAAAGAAAGCCAAGCAGGGCUGUGCAGGCCAAAGCUGCCUCUCUGGCUGAUCCCCUGCUUGGCUCUGCUGGCCCUCUCUGAGCAGAGCAAGUUCCCGAGCCCCCGACUGCAGCAUUCCCAGCACCGUGGUGCGGCGGGAGCUAUUUUUAGUCUCCCGGUCUCCAGGCGCUCAGGGAGAGGCAGUGACAGGCUCUGGCAGUGGCCACGUGCGGCGCUUUCUGGCCGGCUGCGUGGGAGCUGCGGCAGGGGAUGGGGGCUCAGGCCUGGCUGUUGCUUGGCUGGUUUUCUCCCCCCGGCCUCCAUCUGCAGCGUUCCCCCUGCAGCCCCUGCACGAUGUACUGGCAGCCUUAAUGGAAACAACAUGGCUGGUGAGGAAUGCGGGGCCCUUAUGAGUUCCUGCUGCUCCAGCUCCUUGUUGGAGGCCUCUGAGCUGUGUUAACUCUUUGCUCACCAAGGCAGACCCUCCGUCCGAUUGGGUGCAGGUUGCCCUGACAGUCAGGUCAGCUUACCGAUGUGGAUCCCACGCCGGGGCAGGGCUGGGGCUUGCAGCAGGCAAGUACCAGCCUCCAGUGCUUUCCCCGCCCAUCUGCAGACAGGUUGGGAAAGACCUGGGGAUCCUAAUGUGUCCAGAAGCCUUUCACCUCUGGGAGACUGCUCUGACCCUGGCCAGAAGGGAUGGGGAGCAUUGAGCCCCUUUGUGAGAUCACCUGCUCCCAUUCCUGCUUGGUCAGCAGAGAAGCUGAUGAGCAGUCAGCUGAGGGCUGAGUUCCUCUCUUGCUUUAACUCUCCUGCAGCCACGUGAUGGUGGAUGGCACUCUGGUGGAGAGAGAGGGGGCUCUAGUGUAGAUUGGCAGAGGUGGCACCUGGGGUCCUAAUCCUCCUUCUGUUGGACUUGUGCUGGGUACACAGACAGUGGAACAUGCUUCUGCCCUGAGUUGGCAGCAGGACCCGGGAGUCCCAAGGAUACGGGCCCAUCUCUUAUCGCCACUCAACUACAGUCCCUACCCAGCACAGAACCCAGGUGUCCUGAGUGCAUGCCCCCCUGUCCCUGCUGUCAUGACACCCCCGUAGCCCUUCCUCUUGCAAAACAGCCUUGCUCAGAAAGGUGAGGGCUGAAGUCAGGGCUGUCAUGAGCCCGAGUUCUUCGCACGCCUUCCUGAGCAAGGCUUUGGCCGUCUGCAAUGUAUGUGCAUCCGGAGCCCUUCCAUCACUUCGCAGCUCCCCGGCACCUGAUACAGGCAGCUUUGGUUACAUGGAGAGAUGGAACAGGAUGCAGAUGACAGGGCCAUUGAGGAGGGGAGGAGUCCACCGAUGCCUUUAAGAAAUGCAGGGCUGGAUCCUAUUCCCCUGAUUAAGCAUCUUGUGUUCUGAACCCCCAAGAAACUAUUAACAUUGCUGGCAGGUGGGUCCUCCUCUUCCUUGCUGUGCUUGAUGGCUGUGAGUCUCCUGGCUCAGGUGACAGCGUGGUACCCAAGGGGGCGUGUUGAGUUUCUCUGGGACUCAGGCAGGGCUAGAUAGCAUCCCGGUGAGGUGCCAGUGGGUGGAAUUGGAUCUGAGAUAAGGGCAGUCGGAGAACGGCACAGCUGGUGUCAUUGUGAAAGAAGACAAAUAUGGCUGGCUAAGCAUAUGCAGGGGAAGACAGAAAGGGGUUGUCCAGCUAGAGGGGGUGGUGGGUGGAGGUCUGCUGGCUGUCCCCAGCGUAGUGGAAGGAGUUUGGCAUUUUCCAGACUUCUGGGCUUUACUGGUUGCCACAUGGGAAGGAAUUUUUUUCUCUUCUGGUUGCUACAGGCAUCAGGGGGCGUGGAUUUUUUUUUUGCCUUCCCCAGAGCCGUUGUGUGUUGGCUGCAACCACAGCUUGGGAGCAUGACCGGGCUGGGCCAAUGUUUCUGCUGGGACUACAACACAGGGGUCGUGGUUUGAAGGUCUUGCCACUCCGGUUAGGGUCAGCCCUCUUGCUGCAUUUGGGACCAAGAAGGGAUUUUAGUACAUGGUCAGAUUGGUAUGGACUUUGUGGUGGAUUCGCCAUCCUCUAGCAGGGGACAUGGCUCCCCGCCUUGGGUCUCUCUAGUGCCGUGUCCCCCAGAUUUAUUUGUGCAAGGCUGCUUUUAGCAUCUUUGGGCAAUGUGCCUUGUAGCUGUGCGGCAGGGCUGGUUCGGUUAUCAGAUACACCCCAAGCCUUAUCAAUGCAGAAGAGACCUUUGAAGUAAACCUGCGGUCUAUUGCCCAGGUGCAGAUAGGGGCUUAGAGAUCCCAAAUGCAAUGACUAAGGAUGAGAGAGAUCCCCUGCCCCAGGCGGGUGGGUCUCCCCUUUUGUCCUGGUAGGAGAUGGGAGUCUGCGUUUGAUGGAAGGGCAUCUUUGCAGGUGGCAAAUCCAGCUGCUGCCCUAGUGUGGAAGCACUUUAGAGCCGUGAGCACUGAGCUCCUGCUGCUGGGGCUCCCGUGACAGCAGAGGUCUCCCCCCUGACCUCCAUACUCCUUACCCCAAGUACUCCAUGAUGUGAGAUAGCGUGGUCACCUGUAGCCUCUUCAAGGAGCCAGACUUUUCAUGGUUCUUGAUCCAAGAGGAGGAAGGAUGAAGAUAGCCAGUAUCAACAGAACUAUAAAGAGGCUGAACAUUUUCCCCAGGAAAGGCCUCCUACCUUGGCCCUGGGUAGUUUUCCCUCUUCUUUUACCCAAGCCUCAUCUCUGCCAAGCCAAGAUGCUUCUGGAGCGGGUCUCCGUGUCUGGCUGUCACUCCAGGGAAGGUCCAAGACCAGCUCUGUGGGGAUGUGGGGAGAGAAGCAACAGCAGAGAAAGGUCUUGCAGACACUGUUGCAGAAAUCGUCUAGUCUGGUCACCCCCAAGAAAAGGCACCUGGGGAGGUCAGGGCUUUGCUGACUGUAGUAUUUAUGGCUUGGCUUGGGACUUGUUUGUAGCCCUUCUUCAGCUGCACCAGAUCUUGGGACCAGAGCCAGGAUGGAGCAAGUCAGGUGUCCUUGAUGGCCAUUAUGGAGUGUUGAUGGGGCACUUGGAAAGGAGGCAAACAACAUUUGAGUGGGUCCCUUCCCAUCCCCAGCUGUGAGCCACCCAGCCUUGUCUCUGGGGUCUCCUCCAGCCUGUUCCUGCCGAAUAGCAGUUAUUGCUGUUUCUGUGCCUUUCCUCUGGGGCAACAUCAACACGCAGAACUGAGCCCCGAGCGCUGUGUAUGCACUUCCACUGUGGCUGGGCCCAGCUUGCUGCCUCUUGCUUGCCCUCCAGAUGAUGCCAUCACCUGAUCUUGUAAUGCUGGGCAGGAUCUGGCCGGGCCACUUACUGAAAUCUGAGGUGGGGCAGGUGACUCAGCAGGCCUCUGGCUUCUCUCUGAGUCAGCCAGGAGCCCCAGGCUGGCGUGGGGUGAUGCUGUAUUACAGCAGGAGGUAGUGUCUUGGGAAGGAGAGGCAGAAGCCAAGUUUCCAGCUGGACUGGAGCCUCUUCCCCUUCACUUGUGCCAAUGGUGGGUGCUUCCUUUAUUGCUUUGCCCUCACUUGCAAACCCAGCCGCCUCCCUCCAUCAGAGAGGAUGUUAGAGUCUUCUGGGCACGGUCCUCCAUCACUCAUGGGGCUGGCAGGAGUGGAAGGGCUUUCCCCUUCUGACGGCUUUGGUUUAAACAUAGCUUAGAUCCACCCAAACUUCAAUGCCGGCCUUGUCUUGGGGCAUGUGGCUGGGCUGGGUAUCUUCCCUCCCAUUCCCGGGGGGUAGGAGGUUCAUUGACCCAACUAGCACAUGUCUCUGGCAACACUGUAAGGGCAUGAGGCUGUGACGCCAGGCGGGUAGAAGAGGCAGUUACGGGCUUGGAAAAGCAGGUGGUGCAUGCAGUGUCCUGCCAGAGAGAUCGUCUGCGAUGUGUCUUGGUUUCCAUGGCUUUGUGGCUGUCACGUCACGUUGUCAGGCGUCCAGUUCCAGCUUUGCCCAAGGUAGCAGCAGAGGGAUUUAUCUACUGCCUGAUACCUUAAGAACUCCAGUGUGUCCCCCUUCACAAGCAGGGGAGCAAAGAAAUCUCCAUUCCUCUUGCCCCGCAUUCAUUACUAGGCCCUCAUCAAUGAAGUAGCAGCAUUCCCAGUGCCCCAGGGGAAAGCCUGGGGAGAGGAUUAAAGCACAGGCGUUGUUGAGCUGAUGCAACUCUAUAGAUCAACAGUUGUGGGGGGGUUUCCAGCUGGGAGCUGGAAUGCACAGCAGCCCAGAUGCACUGCAGAGGCGUGCCUGGGAAUCUGGAGUCUUUGCCUGUCCUUUGGGGGCUCUGAGCAACAGCUGUCCAGGUGCGGAGAAAGGGUGAAAGAGCUGAGUCAGAGGUCCUUCCCUCCUCUGCUUUCAUGACAUCAGGGAUAUGUGGGGGGUGCAGCUUGUGAUUCCCUUGGCAUUUCUGGGACAUCAAAUAGGAAUUCUCCAGCCUGAGGUCCUGUCUAGCCCCUGGGUGAGCUCAGUUAUCCAGAUCCUCUUGCUACAGCCUGUUGCUGUGUGUAUUCGAGCCCAAAUGGCCCCAGUGAACAUGGAGACAGUAGCUAAAAUCCAGCUGUGCUCUACUUAGUAUUGAAGGUACUUCUCAGCCGCAGAUCCUUAAACCCCUUGGAGUGCGUUCUCAAUGUUACUUGGCUGUUAUUAUCCUGUUUUGUGAUGGUAUCGAUGCCUCUCUAUCUACCCUGGUGUUAUGGCUCCUCGCAAAGUGUUUGAUCAGCUGCUUAAUUUUGAGCUCCUGCUUGAGGGCUUGGAAGAGUGGUUGUGGAGGUUACCAGGUACAGGUGGGUAAAUAAGUAGCAGUCCAGACCUCAGGUGUUGGGUGAUUGGGAUAAGGAAGUCAUUUGUCCCUUCAGGUGCGUUGGUCCAUUUGGGUGCAUUAAGGGCUGUUUUAUACUUUCCUCUGGAGUCUCUGGUGUGAGAGCCAAGAUACGACUCUGGAGCAGGUGGCACGGGCAAGCCUCUGCAUGGAAUGUGGCAAAUCGUGGAGAUGACAGGCAGCACAGUGGCAUAGGGCAAAGAGCAGAAAGCAGAGCAGGUAGGAAGCAGAUUAGGCUGGGGAAGGUGUUUUUGAAUGCCUCAGCUCCAUAUCAGCCAGCGGGAGGGAGCUGAUUUUUCAGAGGCACAAAGGCUCUAUGGUUUCCUCUGGUCACCAUUGGAGCCAAAGGUGCCCAAAAUUUAUGCAGAUUGGGUCCCUGAAGCCUCUAACUGGGCAGCCCAAAACGUGGGCAGUGCAGAAGGUGCUGGGUGUUGAAGGAUCUUGACCAUUUGUGAGCUAAGUCUUGCAACCCAUUUGAAUAACUCAACUGUUUCUGGAGCUAGCCCAGGUACCUGCCCAGGGUUUCAGUGGUCCACACACACCUAGCCAGACAGUUGAAGAGACUUGCCUACGGUCAUGUAGUGAGCAUGUGGCCGAGCUGGGAACUGAACACGGGGUCCCCAGAGUCUAAGCCUGGCACCCUGCCUGUCAGACCCCUCCAUAUUCCCACCCUGCUGCUAACUCAAGAGCAGCUCUUCCAGCCAGUGCAGUUGUCCCAGUGUGAGUGAUUAGUGCCAGGACCUGGAAUUAGCAGCCUGUUGGUGUUUUGAGGGAAAUAGAGCUGCAGGCGACGGAGUAUCUCCCCACGGUACAGCCGGCUACCAACAGAGCUGGAAGGAGGAAAGAGGCAGCAGCUGGCAUUCCCCAUAACCAGGUCCCCUACAAUCCUCCACACAGGGUCUCUAGAGCUGCUUUGGCUCUGUCUCAGCUCCUAUGCUGACAGCGUAGCUGGCAGUAGCCAGUGAGGCUCUGAGGUUUCAGGAGCGCAGGACAUCCACAAAACCACUCAAGUGAGCUGCAAGUGAAACUUGCAGGGCAAGUUGCAGGGAAACUUGCAGGGAAGUUGCAGGGAAACUUGGGGGCAAGCUCCUCUGUGCUAAUGACAGCACGGGCCAGUUACAGAUGACUUGGGCCUCACCAAGGAGGAGAGGGGAUUCACUUUCUACUGCACGUGCGCAUGAAGGGAGGGGAUUGUUGGCCCAGGUAGCCUUGGGACAUCCCCCUGUGCAUAUUCUGGGGAAUGAUUGGCGCCUUUAGAGUCACACAGUACGAGCACUGCCAGGUAUGCAAACACCUCCACGUGGUACACAAAGUAAACCCAGAGCUUUCUAAUAGGAAUUCCUCAUGUUAAAGCCCUCCUGCCCAGUUGUGGGCUUUCUGCGCUCUUUGCAACACAAGAAAUGCUCUAGUGUUUGUCCGUAGUCAUAAAACAAGUGCAAGCAAAGAGCUGGCAUUUUCCUAUGGGUGCCAUGAGUCUCAAAAGACCGAGGCCUACUCUGUGACAGCCACCAGAGAGGAGUUGUGGACAGGACACCCUAUAGAUGUCAUCCCGUCCUCUGACAGAGGCAGUGCUAUUGAGCACUCCACUCCACUUGAUGCCCCAGUAUGGGGUGGGGACAGUGGAGACCAUAUCUAUCCUGCUCGAGGAAGCAGAGGAGACUUGAGGUUAUUACCUGCCCUGGAGUCCAGCCAGGAUACUGGGUUAAUCAUUCCUCUCCACAAGCUCAUGAAAAGCCCAGGAGAUCAGGUCCUUGGUUUUUACUGUGUGCCCACAGAGCAGUGCUUGCAUGCUGCCACGUCUGAGCUUCUCAGCUCAGUGCCCCAUCACGGCAUGAGAGAUGGGUGGCCCAUAGUCUCCACCAUGCGUGACUAAUGUAUCCCCUGGGGGAGGCAGUUUAGGACUGGGAGCUGUGCUUUUAUAGUGAGGAAAGCUGAAGUCCCAGCAGGGGUGGGGGACUCUUAGGCACAGGACAAGCAACUUGCAGAUGGGAGGCAAAGUUACAUGUGCAGUUGGGUUUGCCUAUAGCUGAUCCUCUGUGUGGUCUGUCUGCGUGUGUGUGUAUGCAUCUGAGCACAUCUGUACUGCGUGUGUGCCACCCUGUGUGAAUUAGCAUGCAUGUGUACAUGGGGGCUUCUGGUCCGCUUCAUGUCUGCAUGUCCAUGACGCUUGUGCCCAUACAUCUAUGUAUGUGCUGGAGAAGUGGCCAAGCCCCUGCGCUUCCUCAGCCCAUAGCUCCGCCACCUAGUUCUCCUCCUUCGAUGCACACACAGCUCCCUCGGUCUGUGGUCACCCAGCGUGUGACUGGGCUCAUUUGCUUGUGCCAAAGACAGCUUGGCCCUGACAGGAAGCAGGGAGGCUUGGCAGGUUUCCUGGAGAGGGAGGAUCCAGGCAGGCGCUCAUCAGGGGUUCUUCAGGGACAGGCGGAAAACACCAGGCGCUGGGCUGCACCUUGCGGCACUUCAUCUGGUGCUUGGGACGCAGGGAUCACAGCCUGCUGGUAGCUUGCUCCACUGCCUCCCAGCCCCAGGCUGGUCUUCUGCUGAGUCCAGCACAGACCCUGGAUUGAGAGAGUUGAAAUCCAGGCCUCUGCUCGCUGUAAUACCCUCUGGAUGGUAGUAAGGCUAGCUGGGAAACCUGACUUUGUCCAAGCUCUUGUCUUUGCAGCGCAGAAUUAGAGUAGUGCCUUAAUUCCUGGUGUAUAAGGCCAGGAAAAGAGCCUUAGCAGCAGAAAGGUCUCCAGGGAAGGAGCUCUUCAAGACAAGAGCAGCACAGCCACCAGAGCUGCUGCGCAAGGAAAAAUAGCUGGUAAUUGUAAUUAGAGAUCAAUGACUUGGAGAGGGGGCUGGAAACGUUGGGGAGAGUCCACCGGGUCUGGUCACGGAAAGAGGAGAAGGGGUAUGUGGCAGCAUCCUUCUCCAUUGGUAUAGCCACAGUGUGUGCAGGGGUCUGGGCCUCCUGGGUCACUGUACUGCUGUCAGGGUAAGCAGGGUGUAGGAGCUCCCUGGUACUCUGUACUGAGCCUCAGGAGGUCACUGUCAUUACCGUCCCCCCAACUCGCUGCACCAUAGCCCCUGCUCCUUCCUCCCUCAUAUGUGUUGGGGGAAGCCACCUUGCCGUGUUUCAUAAGUUUCCCCCUAUUCCUCGCCUUUGUUUUGUGGUGGGGAGGGGAUAUAUCUUAUACACUGAUACAUCUUGUAUGCUGGAAAAUAUAGUAAAGUAGAAGGUUGGUCCAGCUUCCUUCUUGGCAGAGACUCCAGGAAGCUGGAAAUGUUUCUACAGGGGCUGAAUUGAGGUUGGUGUGUUGAUUGGGGGGGGCAGCAGUAAGGCCCCUGUGUAUGUGUGCAUGGGGGGGUGAGCUGGCAGUGUGAGGCGACAUUCAGACAGGAGUCUGAGAGGUCACUCCAUGAGCAGCCCUGGGUGCUUGUGUGUGGCAUGAGGCAUGCGCGUGUGUGGCAUGAGGCAUGCGCAUGUGUGGGUGUGGGACAGGCAUGGGUGGCUGGGCUUGGCCAGGGGCUGGAUCUCCCUCCAGUGGGGCAAUGCUGAUGCUGGGCUGUGCCAGGUGAGGUCAGGACCAGCAGCUCUGCAGAAGACGCUGCACCCAGCUCCUCUCUUCUGCUCACCCCGUGCAGUCACGCUGGCUAUUUUAAGCUCUGGGUGCUCAGGAGCAGCGGCGCUGCGGAUCUGCGACUCCCGACGGCUUUAUUUUUAGACUGCCUCUCCCGGCUGUGCCUCGUGCUUGAGGUGUGGGGACUCUCCCGUCAGCAGCCCACCCCACCAGCUCAGCUGUUAGUCCAUCUCUGGCUUGGCUACAGAUGCGCUUUGCAGCCCCCCAGGCCAGUUCUGCUUCUCUCUGCACCCCCUACCCCCUACCCUUUCCUUUCCUCUCAAUGGAAAAGUGCCGUCAUGCCCAGCGCUCGGACCAUGUUCUGGAGGGGUCAGGAGCUCCCCCACCAUUUGUCAGCUGAGACACUGAGUCCCACCCUGGGAGAGGAAGUGACUGGCCCCAAGCUGCACGAGCCGGCCUGUCUGCCAUUGGUUUGCACCUGCUGCACAGCGAGCCCAAGAUGAAGCAGAAGCUGCACGAGCACAGCCGUCAGCUGAGCCCUGUUGCUGCUGCAGCGUGCUGCCCUCACCCCGGCCUGGAGAGGCAGCGGGAGUGAAGCAGGACUUAAAGCCAAUAUCGCCCUGCCUUGGCUGCCGCAGGAGUGCGGGGAGUGCCGGAAAGCAGCCGCCAUUCAGCCCCGGGGAAUCCCCUGCUGGUCUCUCUCAGUUGCUGUCAGACAGAGCUCAGGGCUCCAGCUUGACUGUCAGGGGCACGUUCUCAGAGACGAUGCCGUGGUGCCUGGGAGACGGCUUCUCGGCGGCAGCUGCAUCGCCGGGAAGUCAAGGCUGCCCGUUCGGUCUCCUUUCCGUCACCCGUGUGUAGCUGGCUCUACGUGCGUGUGUACGGGGGCCUGCCUAUGAGUCACAGCCUCCACGGGAGCACAUGGCCCGGGCCCCGAGAAACAAUUACAGCAGGUUGGAAUGAGGAGAGCAGCCAGGGGUGAUUCAUCCUCGGCCUUUCUCUCCGCCACCACCACGACGUAAUUGGAAGUGAGCACUCGCUGAAGUCAUUAACGGCACGAAUCAAAACUAAAGGAGGGGGAAGAGGGUAAAUACAGCCAGCAGGCAGCUCGUCCCGCACCGGUCCCUGGGUUCCCAUGUGCCAAGGUCCCGGCAGAUGUGGCAGGUACGUCCUUGAUCUCUCCCCUGUCAAGCAGCGUUCAUCCUCGAGCCCUCUGCAAACUGUAACCAGCCAGGGAGAAAGGCACUGUAGAGCUUCGAUGGCUGGAGACAAGUGAGGCGUUUUGGGAGGUCUGGUGGUGUACUUGGGUCCCUACCCUGCUUUUCCUCAAUUUCCCCAUCUGUGAAAUGUGGGUGCUGGAGGGAGGGAGGGUGCUGGCUGGCACCGGGGUGUGCUGCUGCUGAAUGGCCCCAACAUGUGCAUGCUUUCCCCUCUCUAAAGCACUGUCCAGCUCAUCCAUAAACAUCCUCCAUGAGGCCAACCUGUACCAUUGCUCCCUCGAAGCAGACAGGCAUGGGGGGAUGGCGUGGUGUGGAGAAGGGAAGCUCCUCCAUGAGAUAGGGACCGGCCCUCGCAUGUAGGGUCAGAUCUGGGACCUGGUCUCCAUCCUGGAGCUAAGAGGGUGUGGGGCCAGCCCUGCAGCUCCCAGUCUUGUAGCUAAGAGGGCAUUGGGCCAGGCUCCCUGUCCUAGACCCAGAGGGCAUAGGGCCGGGCUCAUGGCACAGCCUGGUCCCUCCCCAGCCUCUGCGUCAGCGUCUCGGAGGGGACGUGUUCGCACUUGCUUGGGCAGGGGCGUGUUGAAGCAGCACCUCCUCAAUAGAUCGCAGGGCUGGUUGUGAGGCAGAGGAGCGCUCCUGGGAGAGAUGGGAGAAGGCAGGGGCCACGCUGUGAGAGGCUUCCUCACCAGCCCGUGGUGCCCCAGGGACCCAGCAGCAGUGCCACAGGCACGUGUGUCCCCGGCAGCAUUUUGCUGGACAGGUUCAGAGGGCAACUCAGUUGAUGGACCCACAAGAGGCCAAAUGGAAGAAGGGCCAGUCAACUAUGUUGAAGAAAGAAGGUUGAACGAAGGCCGGGGGCUCAGUGUGGUGAAUGGCGGUAGCCAGCAGGCCGGGACAGGUGCCAUGCUAAUGGAAGCGAGUGGGUGGCUCAGCAGCCCACCAGUGGCCCCCACGUCCAGCGAGAAGGCCAAGUGGGAGCGGGCACCAGUGCCGGCCCCGGGCCCGGGGGAUGCCGGGAGCAAUGCCAACCUGGAGGAUGCACGGAACCUGGUGGCUUUCUCGGCGGUGGCUGAGGCCAUGUCUUCCUAUGGGAUGCCGGCCUCAGGGUCCCCGUCACUGCUAAGCAUGCAACUGUACGAGAAGUUCAACUCUGAGAUGAGCCGAGGAGGGGCGGGAAAGCCCACACUGCCCCCGUCCCCCGAUGGUGUCACCCGUGGCGAGGAUCUGAAGGCACUCAAGGCUGCACUGACCCUGGCCAAGCAUGGCAUGAAACCCCCCAACUGCAACUGCGACGGCCCCGAGUGCCCCGACUACCUGGAGUGGCUGGAGCAGAAGAUCAAGUCAGCCAUCGGGGACGAGCAGAGCCCACGGUCCCAGCAUGUCAGCGAAGCCCACCAGCUCCCAGACCAAGGUGCUAUUCUUAACCAGGUGCCUGCAACAGAGGAGGUGCUAAAGCCAUGCCCUUCUGACAGCCUCCCCUUUUCCCCAAGUGCACUGAGCAUCGCCAAGGAAAAGAACAUUAGUCUCCAGACAGCCAUCGCCAUCGAGGCCCUCACCCAGCUGUCGUCCACCCUCCCCCAGCCGGCCAGGGAGGUGCCGGCCACUUCCGACAGCUCCUUGCCACCUGCAGCAUUCACCUCCAAGGACCAGCUGGUGCGGGCAUCUCCCUUCUGCCCUGAUGAAGCCCAGGGACUGGCCACCCCCAGCAGGGAACGGUCUCCGAGCCAAGCAGCACCUCCCUAUGGAGGGCAGAAGGUGUUCCAGGCACCACUAUCCCUGGCACAAUCUCCAUGGCCAGCUGAAGAUGCCCGCUGCCUCCUAGAGCGCAGCACCCUCCGGGAGUCCGCGGGUCUCUUCCCCACCUCCACUUCCACCCCACCGAAGCCCGAGUUCCCCGAGCCAUGGGGCGAGGAGACAAAGACAAAGAACAGCUUGUGGGCUCUGGACUCCACCCCACCAGCCAGUGACCCCAUGGCUGAGCUGGAGCAGCUGCUAGGCAACACUGACGAUUACAUCAAGUCAGUAUUCAAGCGGCCAGAAGCAAUGCCCAACAAGGCAAAAGCCAUCAAGCUGAAACAGGAGCUGCCUGACCCGGCCCUGAAGAAGGAGUCUGGGGCUGGCUACCCCAAGCCAGUCGCUGGCCAGCACUUAUCCCAGCUGCUGCAGGAUGCGGAUUUCCACAAGAAGACCCAGCUGGUGCUGCAGCAGCACCUGCAUCACAAGCGCAGCCUCUUCCUUGACCAGAACCUGUCACAGCCAGGCCCACCGGAGCCGCCGCCCCACUGGUGGGCCCCCAGCUCCCCAGCCCUGGUGUCCAAGCCAUCCGAGAAGCAGGCCAAAGAGAAGAAGAAGAAGGUGCAGCCAGACAAGGUACCCCAGAUAAAACCACUCCGUAAGCAGGUCCAGAUCAAGAAGCCCAAGCAGAAAGACUCUCAACCACUCUUCCUGCCCCUGCGGCAGAUCAGCCUCGAAGGCUUCCGCGUGGCCCCUGCCCCCGAGCCCCCCAUGGAAGAGAUGCAGACUGAGCCGCAUCCACCCAGCACCCCCCUCAGGCCGCUGCCUUUUGCACUACCCAUUCCUGGUGCUGCCGCUGCGCUGUCUCCGCUGCAUAAGCUACUUGACGGAGGAGGCCAGGUGCCUGACUCUCAGGGAAGGUGCGCUCCUGGCCACAGCAGCCCGGAGGACAGCCAUUGUCAGGGGCUGGCGGGCCAGCCCACUCUGCCUGGUGCUUCUGUUGCCAGCUCGGUGCCCUGCUGCGUGACCACCACCUCUGGCCCUGGGCCGGAUGAAGCUGCCCACAAGCCCUUACCCCCAGGUGAACCCCAGAACUCCAUCAUGGUGGACGACAAACUGGAGGAACUGAUUCGGCAAUUCGAGGCAGAGUUUGGGGAGAACUUCAACCUGCAGAAUCCUGAGCUCCCGGCUCCGGUGGCUGAUGGGUUGCCGGCCCAGCCUCCCUGCCACACAUGUUCUCAGACCCAGUCCCCGGAGCUGCCAGGAGGCUCUGACACAGCCCCCCAAGUGCCAGCCACCAAGGAGGAAGCACCGCCCCUCACCAGUGCUCCCAACCCAGGGCUAAAAAGCUUUUCCCUCUCGCCCGGGAAGGGGCAGCAUUUGGAGAGCGCCUUUGCAGCGAGGUCGCCCAAGCAGAUAAAAAUCGAAUCUUCUGGUGCUAUAACCGUGGUGUCAACCACUUGCUUUUACUCUGAAGAAAGCCAAAACACGGAUGCCGACGAUGUGGAUGGGACCCCGACCAAGGACGACGUGCCGCUCACGCCCACCCUCAGUGGAUUCUUGGAGUCUCCGUUGAAGUACCUGGACACGCCGACUAAAAGCUUGCUGGACACCCCAGCAAAGAGGGCUCAGGCAGAGUUUCCCAUCUGCGACUGCGUGGAACAAAUCGUGGAGAAGGACGAAGGACCCUACUACACCCACCUGGGGUCGGGACCCACCGUGGCAUCCAUCAGGCAGCUCAUGGAGGAACGGUACGGUGAGAAGGGCAAAGCCAUCAGAAUCGAGAAGGUGAUCUACACUGGGAAGGAAGGAAAGAGUUCACGGGGCUGCCCUAUCGCCAAGUGGGUGAUCAGGAGGCACAACCAAGAGGAGAAGCUGCUGUGCUUGGUCCGACACCGGGCUGGUCACCACUGCCAGAAUGCUGUCAUCAUCAUCCUCAUCCUGGCCUGGGAAGGCAUCCCCCGCACCCUGGGUGACACACUCUACCAGGAGCUCACCGACACACUCACCAAGUACGGGAACCCCACGACCCGCCGCUGCGGCCUGAAUGACGAUCGAACCUGCGCCUGUCAAGGCAAGGACCCCAAUACCUGCGGUGCUUCUUUCUCCUUUGGCUGCUCCUGGAGCAUGUAUUUCAACGGAUGCAAAUAUGCUCGAAGCAAAACUCCCAGGAAGUUCCGGCUGGUGGGAGACAAUCCCAAAGAGGAAGAGCUGCUUCGGAAGAGCUUUCAGGACCUGGCCACGGAAGUUGCCCCGCUUUACCGGAGGCUGGCGCCACAGGCCUACCAGAAUCAGGUCACCAACGAGGAUAUAGCAAUAGACUGUCGGCUUGGCCUGAAAGAAGGACGGCCCUUCUCUGGGGUGACGGCAUGCAUGGACUUCUGUGCUCACGCUCACAAAGAUCAGCAUAACCUCUACAACGGAUGCACCGUGGUGUGCACCCUAACAAAGGAAGACAAUCGCAUCGUUGGGAAGAUCCCUGAGGAUGAGCAGCUGCACGUGCUUCCGCUGUACAAGAUGUCCACCACAGAUGAGUUUGGCAGUGAGGAGAACCAGAUCGCCAAGGUGGGCAGUGGUGCCAUUCAGGUUCUCACUUCCUUCCCCCGCGAGGUGCGCAAGCUGCCUGAGCCCGCCAAGUCCUGCCGGCAACGGCAGCUGGAAGCCAAGAAAGCAGCAGCAGAGAAGAAGAAGCUGCAGAAGGAGAAGCUGAUCACGCCUGAGAAGAUCAAGCAGGAAGUGCUUGAGCUCCCGGUGCUCCAGCAGAACACAGGUCUAGCGCUGAAGAGCAGUCUCCCCCAGCAGCCGAUCAAACCUUCCCUGCAAGUGGAUCCACAGCCACAUUACAACACCUUCAAGUACAACGGCAACGCGGUGGUGGAGAGCUACUCGGUGCUGGGGAGCUGCCGGCCCUCAGACCCGUACAGCAUGAACAGUGUUUACUCCUACCAUUCCUACUAUGCACAGCCAAAUCUGCCUUCCAUGAACGGGUUCCAUUCCAAGUUCACACUCCCCUCCUUCAGGUACUACGGCUUCUCCAGCAGCCCCAUGUUCCCCUCGCAGUUCCUUGGCUACGGUGCUGCCGAGCAGGCCAGCACCUGGGUGGGCGGCAGCUACGACAAGAAACCCGACAUCCAGGCGCUGCCGGAGAACCUGAGCCACGCGUACCGGAGUGCAGACUUCCCCGAGCCCAUGCCUCACGUUGUGCGCAGCAAGAGCCACCACCAGCGGACGUACGAGCGAGCCAACCGCUACACCUCCCAGAAGGCGGUGACAGCGCCCCACCGGACCCACCCAGUGACAGAGGAAGCCCCACCGUUUGCCCCCAGUGCCACCUGCUUCAGCAGCCGGGUGAUCAAGCAAGAACCUGUGGACUCCCUUUCCCAUCUGGAGUCUGUGCAGAGCCCUGGGCUGAGCUUGUCAGGGGUCCCCCUGUCAUCACAGAAUGGCGUGCCGGACCGGCAGUGGAGCCCCUACCCAGCACAUAGGAACGGGUCUCCUUCUGACAGGACUAGUAACUCAGAGGGCUUGUGGAGCAUGUAUCCACCUGGUGAUGGCCCCUCCUUACCUGGCGUGGGCACGCACGACAAGCUGAGCUCGCCCUUCGGCCCUCACGCCAAUGUGGCCAGGCCACCCGCUGCGCCCAUCCCUGAGAAGCCAUGGAAUUUGUUCCCGAGUGACGGCCCUGCCACUCAGCACGGUCCUGGCCCGGCGGGGAAAGCAUGGAGUCCUUGCAAAGCCAACGAGAGCAGUCUGGGCUUGGGGGCUGCGGCUCUGCCGGAGAAGCCCUGGGCCCUCGGGCAACUGGGCUUCAGUGCCGCCCUCAAAGGCGGUGCUGGGUUUCCAGAUGAGGCAUGGCCCGGGGCCAAAGGGGAGGAGCGGCGGACACCUACACCCAGUGUGGGGCUGCAUGAGAAGCUGUGGGAGCCCUUUGGCUCGCCAGCCCAUGGGGCCCUGGGCUCCUGCCUGGAGAAGCCGCUGGAGGCCCUGAAGGCUGAGGGCGGCACGCAUGUGCCUGGCCUGGGUGCCCAGGAGAAGCCAUGGGACCCCUUCAGCCUGGACGAUAGUAUGGAGGAGCUGCAGGAGAAGAGCGCGGAGGAGGAGGAGGAGGAGGAGUGGUCGGACAGCGAACACAACUUCCUGGACGAAAAUAUCGGGGGCGUGGCAGUGGCACCGGCCCACGGCUCCAUCCUGAUUGAGUGUGCACGACGAGAGCUGCACGCAACCACACCGCUAAAGAAGCCUAACCGGUGCCACCCAACACGCAUCUCCCUUGUGUUCUACCAACACAAGAACCUGAACCAGCCCAACCACGGCCUGGCCCUGUGGGAAGCCAAGAUGAAGCAGCUGGCGGAGCGGGCGCGGGCAAGGCAGGAGGAGGCAGCCCGCCUUGGGCUGCAGCAGGAAGCCAAGCCCUUCGGGAAGAAGCGUAAGUGGGGGGGCUCCCCGGCCAUGGAGCCCCAACACAAGGAGAAGAAAGACUACAUCCCCACUCGGCAGGCGGUGGCCAUCCCGACAAACUCUGCUAUCACUGUGUCCUCCUAUGCCUAUACGAAGGUAACUGGACCAUACAGUCGCUGGAUAUGAAAGGAGUACAGCUCACAUGGCCAUCAUACCUCAACGUCGGCGGCGCCAGAAGACGGCGCCGCUUUGUGGUGCUUUCCCCUUGUGCAUGUGAGAGGGGGGAACAAACAGAAAUCAGCUCAAGUGCAACCCUUUCGACAAGCUGCACUUUGAGAGGAGCUAACAAGAAAAAAAAAGAGAGAGCAAGCAAGAGAUGUUGCUGUUCACCUUUUUCAGUAACCUACUAUUUAUAUCUGCGUUUUUUUAAUCUAUCCUUGUACAUCGCAAGAAUGGAAAGAGAAGUUUAUAGUGUCCUUUCGCAAAGGAGAGGUUUUUAAUUCCAUUUAAGAUAAUGUAUUUAUUGGAUUUUUUUUAAGACAACAGUGAAGCCGCUCGUCAGAAAUAAAGCAAACGCAAAAAUGACCCAGAAAAUCAUGAACCAGCUUAAAGAAACAACAACAGAAAAAAAAAACAAGCCCCGUGUACAGCUCACUCACGGUAAGGCUGGCAGGAAUCUCAGCUUGGAGGCCACCCAGAAAAGCGUGUCACAGCGUCCAGCGGGAAUCCCACCGCCAAGUUCUCUUUCUUGUGGACGCUGAGACCCUUUGGGGCAGAGGCAAGGCUGAGAGGCGCACGGAGACCCCUUCCUGGCCCGGUAACGGCUUCCCCCUUGGACGCAAAUGCUGGGGCUUCACAUGUGCCAUGCCUAACAGAGGUGCGUUCCAGUCGUGGCUCACAUGGAGCUCCUGCAUACAGGGAUAGGGCCGGAUUCUUGUGCCAGGGAACAGCCAGCUCAUGGGUAUGAUUCGCCCUUGCACCAGCCCAGAAGCGUGACCCUCCGCUGGGGGGCGAAUUUCACCCCAGGGUGGGGAGGAGAGGACAAUCAGGCCUAGGGCCAUCGCAGCGAUGUAAGUGAAAUCAGAAGAAGACCCGGCCUCAGCUCACGAGAGAUUCUUUUACUUGAAUACAUUCUAACCCAGGUUGAAAGCAAGACCAAAUGAUCCAGGCCAGGUCGUCUUCACGCCGAGGGGUCGACUGGCGUUUUGGGGACCUGCCGCUGGCUCACAAGCGCUGGAGAGGACCAUGGGGUUCUCAUGCCUAUGAUGUCGGGAGCCUGUUGCCAGGUGACUUUGGGAACCAACCCCCCCACGGUCGGCGGCAGCCAGCGAGGGCCGAGAUGAGGAGGGGGCUCCUGUCUCAUGAAGACCCCAGGAGAGACUGUGAAUCGCGUGCGUUGCUCUGUGCCUGGCGCUGUCGCUGCAUCUGGUGCUUUUGGUCUCUCGGGGACAUACUGGGAGGAGGGAACAGCACACAGCCGCCUUCAGCCCGCGGCCUUCCAUGGUGCAUACAGCUGCCUCCCGAGGGCAGCCCCGCGGCGCGUCGACGCCUUCCCAUGCAGCGACCGGCAUCAGCGGUGCUUCUCGGCGCAGCGGUCCUUUUUUUCUGGUGCCAUUUUUUUAAUCGCGAUCGUCAUGAUGACGACGGCAACAUGCGUGGUGCUUUUCUAACAACCUGAACCGUGACUCUGGCUUCCUUCAGCUCCCUCCAGCAGGUGGAACUGUCGGGGGGUGGGGAGGGGAACGGCUUUGAAUUCGAAACUGGCUAUUGAGUGAGGCUGGGUGGAGAGGUCAUUCCCUCUGGCUAGAGCCGAGUUGGCUCAGAGAGGCUGGGAUUCCUGUGGUGAGAGCGGGAAUCCCAUGGAAGUGGCCCCCAGAGACGCAGGGUGAAAAUCAUCCCGUGCAGGGACUGCCCAGUGGCCGGGCAUUGCUGGCCUCCCAGAUCCCAGGUCCUUAGAGGUGCCGAGGGGGCCUGCUCCAAUGGGAAGCGAUGGGGCUUGGGCAGGUCGGGACCUCUACGGCAUGAAUCCGCCCUGUGAUUUCAUGGGAGCUUCCGGGAUGCAUGCCAGCGGAGGCCCCCAGUGUGGUCUCUGCAUGCGGGUGGAUUUCAUUCUGCAGGGAAGCGGAGCCUGGAGAGAAAUGAUGACGUACCUCAUGCCUCACAGGUGCUAUCUGCUCCCCCCCGCCCCUCUCCCAGAAGUCGCUGGCAGCACUGACCUCAGCGGGAGCGGGACGGAGCCCCGUCGCUGCCGUUCCCUUGGGCCCAGAUCGCGGAAGCAGAUGCCCGGUUCUUCACAUGCGUGGUCCCGAGAUCCCUGCAGCUGUUCCUGGGUGGUGGGAGGGCCAGUGGGUCAGAAGAGAUGCGCAACUGGACAACAAGACUCAGUCAUAAUCCUGCACUCUCAGGUGCCUUUUGGAGAGAGAGAGAGAGAGAGGAAGAGAAAGAGCGAUAGAGAGAGAGAGAGAGAGAGAGAGAGAGAGAGCUGAACAUGUAACCGUGCAUAACAUUUUGUUUACUGUAAACCUUGUUUCUCACGCACUGGCACAGAAUAACAGGAUCUCUGUAAAACAUCCUGAACGUUCACGUGGUCUGAUUUUAAACUGUAAAUAGUGAAAGAAUUUUUUAAAAGCACUUUCACCUAGAUUUAAAAAAAAAAAAGGAAAAAAAAACCCCAACAACUUGAAAGCAGUAUGUUUUAAACAGAUUAUUGUGGGAGAACUGUAAAUAGUGGCAAAAUAUUUAACAGGCUUUGUCCGUCCCUCAUGAUUAUGGUUUUUUUUUGUUUGUUUUGGUUUUUUUACUGUAUCCUGUAAAGAUGCAUAUAUUUGACAAGGAAAAUCGAUGAGCUAUUAUCGCUUUCUUAUAAAUACCCAAUAGCAUAUCAGGAUCAUAGAGUAAUUCCAAGUCAGAGUUAUAGGAAAGUCUCUAAACUUCGCCGUUGGAGCAAACCCAAGCACUCAGGGAGCGGAUGUUGGGUCGUAUAAACCGGCCAGGGUCGUCGCCCGAGGUGCCGCCGGUUUAUGCCAGCCGCGGAUCCGGCUCUCGGUGUCGGGGGUCCCGUCGGGUGCCAUCAGGGUGGGCGGGAGCUUUGUCGGCGACUCUGACGGGUGCCGGAUCCAGCCUGUAGUGAGCAUGCUAAUUUUUAUAGCUUUGAGGAAAUGUUGGACCUGAAUUUCUCACAAAUGGCUCUUUUUCUUUGGUUUGCCAGCGUGGCUCGUCGUAGCCUCCGCACAUCUCUGUGUCUCGUCUGACGACCGCUUCUUAGGUUGUUGCAGGGGUGCCUUGAAAGCUUUGCGUAGAUGACUUUAGAGGGCAAGAAACUGGACUGUGGGUGGGGGAGAGGGAAGGGCGUGCAGUUGAAGAAUGUGAUGGUCUGUGAAUCCUGUCCGAGUCCUGCUUCUUUGUAGGUUCCUGUGUAGGAACAUGUUGAGCAGCCCGCGCGUGCCCAAGACGCGUUGUGAAUAUUCCCAUGCUUGGCCUUCAUCCGCUCACUGGCAACAGCAAGGACAUUAGUCAGUGGAAGGGGAGAAGCGGGUUGCAGUCUGGUCUCAGGUGCCCCUCUGGAGAUCCAGGGUGAUUUCACUGGAGGGAGCAGAACUCACUCUGGAUUUACCCAGGUGGCACCGAGAUUGGCCUCUGGAUCCCACUUCUAGCUCCAUCAUGCUGGUUGUCCAGGUGUGGAAGCCCCGCGUUAGGAGUCAAGGGAAAAGUGGGGUCAUGGUGCCACAGCAGGAGAUCUGAAUCUGGAGCAGAUUCCCCCUCUGUAGAAGGGCAGAAGGAGUGAGAGUAGAACCCGGCCCGGCCUCCCCAGUUUCCCACAGACUCCAAAUCAGGCUGUUGCGAGCAAAAAGAAACCCUCCCGGGUCUCGCCAUCCCAGUUGAAAUGAGAUUUGUCCUGAGAAUGAGCCCCGUCACAGUCUCAUGGUGUUUUGUACACUACAUCUGUAACCUACCUCAAAUCGCAGUCAUUCAAAAAUUAGCAUGCUUCAGACGUGUAGUAACAGAGGAUGAAAACUAUGCACAGCUCUUUACCCCUUGCUGCUCAGAGUCUGUUGAAAACAAACUCUUUGUCUUGCAUUUGAUCCGCGCUGUCCCGCGUCCCCCGUGCUGUGGCCACCGUGGCCACUUCUAACCGUGAAAAAGCCAUUGGGAUCCAAGCAUUAAAAGACCCCAAGUUCCAAGACGAUUUGACCCCAGGGGCAGACGUGUGCUUAGAGCCAGGGCAUGAGAUUACCGAGCAUGAUCCUCUGGUGCAUCCCUAGACUUGAGUUGGUGUCACAACCCCAACACUUACCCCUGUUCUCCAGUUGACCUCUGCAUUUAUUAUGCCCGCUAGGUUGCUGAGACCAGGCCGAGGCAAAGCCAGAGCCAUUUGAAUUGCCCAGCCGGAUUCUGCUUGGAUUUUCCCUGAGCGAUUCCCCAUGGGCCAGUCCUCAGCCAUCAUGAAGCGGGUGACAGGGUCAUGUCAGCAGACACCUACCGAGGACUUGGCCUCUGGUCUUCCGUGGACUUCCAGCCAAGAGGAGGGUCAGGCUCGUGGCUCCUGUUAUCACAGGCCAAAGAGCCGGCUCACAGUCCGCGCCUAGCUAAGCACACCUCGUUUGGCGAAGCAGGGCCCGAGUCUGGGGGUGGGUUUUGGAGGCCAGAGCUGAACACAGCCCGGCUGCCCUGCCAUGCGUCACUUGAUUGGGAACUGGGAAUCCGGGUGAGGGGGGCGCUUCCAAGAGGGCAACAGGACUUCUAUUUAUUUCCGGUGCAACAUUUGCAGCAGGUAUAACCGAUCCAUGGUGCUAGAACCACAAACAAGUCUAUAACCCUGGGGAAAUCUUGACAAAGGGUGUGACCUUCCUCCUGUCAGUGUCACUCGCUGACGUCCACGGGAGGAGGUCUUGGGCCCACGCAGGUUGUUUUAAUGGUCGCUUUCAGGCCGUCGGUCUCUUUCUCUGUCACGCUUUGCCUUGUUCCCAAGAUGCAGCCUGGGGGGAGUAGAGCUCUCCCAACCAGUGCUUAAUGCCUGCUGCUUAGAGCAGCUGGAGCUCUCGCACCCCCACGGGUACCGUCAGUGAUGUGUGCGUCCCCGAAUACAGGCCCGGCACACUAAAAGCAGGCAGUGCCAGGACACCGUGCUUGGGCCCAUCAACUGUAGCCGAUAUGUGUCAGAUGCUGGCCAGAGCAGAUCACCCUGGUGCAAGAGGGCAUGUCCACCACUGUAAUCCCAGAAGCCCAAAGUGGUGCCGUUUCUUUUCGUGGGCUUCUGCAUGGAGGGACGUCGCCCCUGGUGCUUUGUAGGGAGGAAGCCAUAGUCUGCUCUUGCGGCGGCUGAGACGAUGUCUGGCGGGCCUCCGGUUUCCCGUGGAAGUCCCCCCCUCUCCCCCCCAGCUGCAUCCGGUAACAAGGUCCAUCCAGGAGUGAAAAACGAUGCCUGAGGUGCCUCAACUAAUGACUCUUGUCCUUUUCUUACUGGAGGGUGCUUUGUGGGCAGCCUAAGGCAUAUUUUUUCUUACAUGAAAUCUUCUAAUAAAAUGGUGCUAUGGUGUUUUAAUAAACUGUAUCAUGUUUUGCCUGAUCCCAUCUUGCUGAGGUGCUACUGGGGGCAUGCGUGAACCGAGGCUUACGUGUCGUGGUCUUGGGUGACAUCUUCUAGAAUCCCUGCCCUGGAUCUGACGUGCAGUCUGGGUUUCUGCCGGCUGCAGCAAGAAGUGACGUUGAGGUCUAGGCCCAGACCUUCAGCCAGUGCGAGAGGUGCCUGGGCCUGGAGAUGCAAUGCUAGGAUAGUUCUCGGUGCUGUUGUCGUCAGGUUCGUUUUUUAUCAGGCAGGAGGUAGAUUAAGGGAGAAAUCCUGCUGGCGACAAGGAUGAGAAGGGCUCUUUGCUGCGGCUGCAUUGCCCGCUGGUGAAAAUGAUGCACUAUGUGGUCCGGGCCAUCACAGUCUCCAUGAGGGUGGGCCGGGCGCCACAACUCUCCAGUCCUUAUGCAAACAAAACACUGGUGCUGAAUCCACGCUUUGCAGUCGUCUGAGCCAGGCAGGGGCACGACUGCCCAUCCUGCGGGACAGCGAGAUGUCGCAUCUCUGCUGAGGGGGAGAGAAGAGGGGACGCUUCUCUUACGCUUUGGGGUCUUUAUUCUGAAUUCAAACGUAGCCUUUCUUUUCCUUCCCCAUCUCAUUUUGCUUUCAUACCAAGGGUAAAGAAAGACCACUCCUCCCGCUCUGCCUCACCCAGGCAAGCCUCCCCACAGGCCCAUCUGCUUUUGGUGACGGCAGUCUCAAUCUGAGGUGAUCUCCAUGACUGAGACAGAGGUAGCUCAGGGUUGUCUAUUGAAGGAGACUCUUGCUGCCAGCCAGCACCCAGGGCUGGAUGCCGAGUCUGGAGGGACUCCGUAGGAGUCUCUUUGUCACCCUCUGUUCACUUCAGGUCUUUGCCCCAACACUUGGUGUGAGCUGGUUGGCCAGUGACGUGGGCAGACGCUGUGUGAGCAUCACGCAGGAUAGAUCCCUUCCCCCCACGUCCCCCCCGCUGCUUCCUUUCGGGAAACCCCCUUCGGCCCCCUGUUGAUCGUGACUCUGUAUUUCCCUCUGGGCCACUGGAAACCUUCCACAAAGCGUUCCACAUGUAUGUUUCGUUUGAGUGUUUUGGUGCUAUUUUUUUCACCCCUCCUCUGUCAGCUCAUGUGCUUGGAUGGUCUAAACUGUACAGAAACCAGAGGUUUGUCACAUGCACUUGUUGUCAUCCUGACCCAGCAGGAAAAUACCUCACAGACAGGAAAACCGUGGAACAGCCUGGCAGUUGAGCAGUCUGGGCAAGGUAACUGCAGGUGUCUUAAGGGGGAGAGGAAAGAGCCAGGGGGUACAUCUGGGAAAGCUGAUGCUGGGCUUCCCUUUGCAGAACUGUGCUGGCCUUUCUAGCUCUGUUCAUAGGUUGCUGCUCGCUCGCGUUUCACAGGGGCUUUGGGGAACAGGAUGUAACUCCUCAAAGCAUGUGCCUGGAUGCUGCAGGCCAGAUCCUCUGCUAGCACACAAUGGCACAUUUGGUUAUGGCCAUGGGCCCUGGAGAACAGAUGUUCCCGGAGACGGGAGCCUGGUGCUUCUCUUAGCCUUCCCUGGCAGGGUCCCAUCCACUCUAGUGGAAGGGUUGCCUGAAUAAUAGUCGAAGCAGCCAGGCCUGUUUAUCAAUCAGAGCGAUGUAGGCCCGUGGGCAUGAGCUGAAUCAUGCCAGGCGAGGAUCCGGCCCGUAGUUUGCAGGAGUCAGUGACAGAGAACUGAUGGGAACUGACCUUGCCUUCCUGAUGAGGAGAGGCUUGCUAAACACCAGCCACCUGGGUCUUGAUGACACUCGGGUCUGCUCCAGAGGUGAGAAGGAGUAUUGAUCCCAUUGGGACUGUGGCCAGCAUACAGCCACCCGCACAGUUGAGGCCUAGAUUUGCUGUCCCUUUUUUUUUGCCCUAGAGUAGCAGAGCAAGCUGACGUCAUGCUUCUGGUCCAAUAUCAGGGAUCCUUUUGUUGUAGUUUUCCUUUCUGUCUCUUCCUCGCGUUAGCAUCCAUCGUUCAGGGAUUACUUGCCGCCAUUCAUGCUUCGGACCCAUUUUACCAUCGAGUCCCUGGUUUUCACGCUUUUUGUUCGCUAAGAGGAAAGCAGGUUUGGUGUGGGUAGGCUGCCGCUGUCUUCUUUUUAAUGCCUUUGUAGUUGGAGCAAAACGAGGAAUGCAGGUUGGAUGGUGAGAGGCUACUUCAGUUCAGUUGAUCUUAAUGCCGUAACUUCUUGAUGCAUUUGAUUUCUUGUCUCUUUGAACUCACGUGCGGUAACCAGGCCUCCAAUGGAGGCGAUCUUGUGAAUCACACUUGAAGAUUUCUUUGUCGACUCGUGACUGUGGCUACUUGAAAUGAAGUUUUAUCUGGGGGUGAUUGACCAACGGUAGAUUUAACAAUGUCUCAAGGCAAUAGGAUUAAUGUGUAUUAAACUGUAGAUAUGACUAGUACAGUAAAUUUAUGCCGAUAAUUUUAUUUUGUAUAAUUUCCCCCAUUUUGUUUGUAUUUUUUCUUAUCCUGUUUUUCCUCCAGUGUUUCGGUAAAUUUAUUUUUUAGGACACCUAAAAAAAUCGCAAGUAUGGAUCCUCCUUUUUUUUUUUUUGUAUUUUAUUAUAAGUUACACACAACCAGCUGGUUUGUGAAAUGUAUUAUUCCUGAUAUCUUUAAAAUAUUGUGGGUGUUUUAAUAAAUUUUAUAUUUAUUUUUUGCACUCAUA